AUGCACUCUACCGUCUACGCUGGUCUACUAUGCGCCCUCGCCGGUCAAUCCAUGGCGGUGGUAUGGGAGAGCGCCGCCGGCAAUGUCGCCAACAGCUGGUCGCUCGUGGACAAGCCCGCGGCCGACUCUAAAAUGGCUUUGUCGAUUGCGCUGACGCGCAAGAACUUCGAUAAGCUGGAGUCUAAACUCGCCGAGGUCUCCACGCCUGGAAAGGGCUCCUACGGCAAGUGGUUGAGCAAGGAGGAUGUCGACAAGCACUUCCCCGUCGUGGACGACGCUCCGGUCAUGAAGUGGCUCAAGAGCGCGGGCAUCACCAAUGUUGCCCGCGAUGGCGCCGUGGUGAGCUUCAGUGGCAGUGUGGACGAGGUCAACAAGUUGCUGGACACUUCUUUCGCCUACUACAAGAAUGGCGAUGCGGUCAAGCUCCGUACCACCGAGUACUCGAUCCCCGAUCACUUGACCGGCCACAUUGAUGUGAUCUCCCCCACGGUGUACUUUGGCAAGACUCGCGGUGCUGCCCCGGCUCCGAUCAUGGCGCACUCCAUUGAGGCUCGCAAGACCGCGAAGACCACGGUCGACGCUUCCUGCCAGAAGAUCAUCACCCCGUCCUGCCUGAAGCAGAUGUACAACGUUGGUGACUACCAGGCCGAUCCUGCCUCUGGGAGCCGCAUCGGAUUCGGUAGCUUCUUGAACCAAUCCGCCAUCUACUCCGACCUGGAAACAUAUGAGCAGACCUUCAACAUUCCCUCUCAGAGCUUCACCGUGGAGACGCUGAAUGGUGGUGUAAACAACCAGAGUGCCGGUAUCUCCGACAUUGGUGAGGCCAACUUGGAUGUGCAGAACAUUGUCGGUGUUGCUCACCCUCUCCCCGUCCAUGAGUACAUCACUGGCGGUGUUGCUCCGUUCAUUCCCGACGCGGAUGAGCCUACCCAGGCAAGCGACUCGAAUGAGCCGUAUUUGGUUUACUACGAGUAUUUGCUCUCCAAGAGCAACUCGGAGCUUCCCCAAGUGAUCUCAAACUCUUACGGUGAUGAUGAACAGACGGUUCCCAUCAAGUAUGCUCAACGUGUUUGCAACCUGAUCGGUCUCAACACCCUGCGUGGUUUGACCGUCCUCCACUCCUCCGGCGAUGAAGGUGUUGGCUCUGCUUGCCAGUCUCGUGACGGAAAGACUCCUCAGUUCCAGCCCAUCUUCCCUGCAACUUGCCCCUACGUCACUGCUGUCGGUGGUACCUCUGAUGUGACUCCCGAAGUUGCCUGGAACGCCUCUUCCGGCGGUUUCUCCUCCAUCUUCCCUCGUGCCUGGUACCAGUACUUCGCCGUCGAGAGCUAUCUCGAGAAGAUCAGCACGGAGACCAAGGACUACUACGGCAAAUACACCGACUUUAACGGCCGUGGGUUCCCCGACGUCUCUGCUCACUCUUUGUACCCUGACUACGAGAUUAUCUACAGCGGCCGCAGGGGCCUUACAGGCGGUACCUCUGCCGCUGCCCCUGUCUUCGCCGCCAUCGUCGGUCUCCUGAACGACGCCCGUCUGCGCGCCGGCAAGAGCCAACUCGGCUUCCUGAACCCCUUCCUGUACUUCUUGGGACAACAGGCUCUCAACGACAUCACCGGCGGAAGCUCCUACGGCUGUGGCGGCAUUGACCCCCAGAGCGACCAGCCCGUCCCCGGCAGUCUUAUCAUUCCCGGCGCUCACUGGAACGCGACGGAGGGAUGGGACCCAGUUACUGGUCUGGGUACUCCUGACUUCCAGAAGCUGAAGGAUUUGGUCUUGUCGCUGUAA